UGGGUCCCUGAUGCUAACGAGCGCGCCGCAUGCGCAAUGCGAAGAAGAGCAUUUUCAACAGCUGAGGAGGCGUAACUAGCCAUGCUAACACUUGUUUAAGUUUGGAAAUUCCUGAGAGGAAACCUUCAGUCAAGAGUGGCCCUUCCAGAUGAGUGACCCAAAACUCUGCAAAUAAUGAAGCGAAGGAACUGCAUAAAUCCUCCGUUGAAUUAGCAGAGCACAGCUCCUCCUCCUGACCGAAUAGGUCUGUUUGACACUGACCUAUUUGUCUGGAAACAAGUUAUGCUUUGAGACGGGGGAAGAGAUGGCCACACAAAGACGCCCGUACGAGCUGCUGCCUUGCUCCAUCAACUGAAAGCCACCAGAGUGGUGUUUUUUUUUUUUUUUUUUUCGUGUGUGUUUAGAGGAUGGGCUACUAGAGUUUAUCUGCUCUUCUCUCUCCAGAACAUUGCGGUUCAGUGUGUGCCAAAUUGCACAGUAAAUCAUGCUCGCCGGAAAAAAAUGACGCUUGAAUGCGGCAUCCCAGUUCGAGGCGUGCCUGCGGGGCUCGGGCUCUUUCUGACAUCUGAAUGACAGCCUGUUGCAAAUAAUGGAUGCCAAGUUGAGAGAGGACCUGUUUCGGAGGUACGUGGCGGCGCUGGAGAAGCGCCUGGAGGCGGGGACGGGGACCACGCCGGAGGCCGACAGGAACCGACACAAGGACAGCGAGGCCCUUCUCUCCACGGCGACGGCUCUGCUCGGAGCCUAUCAGCCGGACCCGGGGCAGAGGUUCCGCAUGGUGCGCUUCUACGAGAUGGUGGAGAACUCGCUGCGGUGCCAGAGGGGCGGCAGCCUCAAGAGCCUGGAGAGGGCAUUUCAUACCCUGGAGACCAUCUGCACCAACCUCCUGCUCUUCCCUUGGAAAAAAGAGUUCCGGAGUAUAAAGACCUUCACGGGCCCGUACGUGUACCAUUUGCAGUCGGCCAUUUCUGACGCCGAGCUCCGAACCCUGAUGCGCACCAUCGGAUACAGCUGUGACCACGAUUCGCAGUUCCGUCUGCUGGACCACCCGGCGGACACGGGCCACCUCCGCCAGCUGGCGUUCGAGCUCUUCCUGGCCCAGGCCGAGUGCCGUCUUCUCGGGGAGGUGGUGGCUCUCGCCCGCGGCUCGGCCUCCGAGCUCGAAGCGCUGGAGCUCCGCCGGGGUUGCCGGGACGACGCCGCCGGCUGCGCCGAAGCGCUGCGGCGGCGCGACAGCCUCGGGGCGGACAUGGCUCGCCUGUCCGUCAGACCGUUGGAUAUAGAAAGGCCUCACGCCCACCACCUGAGAAGAGGAAGCCGGCCGUCCAAGUCUGUGGAUGUCACAGACGGGGCGGGCCACUGGCACCCGGCCGCUAACAAGCCCGUUCUGAAGGCGUCGCUGAGUCUGAGGAAGGAGCCUCUGUUUGUGGACACAGAGGAGGACAUGAAGGAUGAGAUCAUCAGGCCCAGCACCUCGGCAUCCUUUUUCUCCAUCGCCGGCCCGCCGUCCUACAGCCCCGUUGCAGACUUCUUCCCAAUGCAGUCGCCCCCGCCGGUUGACCCGUACACCUCCUACCACAUGUCGUCCUUGGACGACAUCGACUUGUACACAGAGCGGGGCGGCGUCGGCACGGGGGGAAGGCAGACGCCGUCCCGGCCCCCGUCCAGAGAGCCGCGGGACGCCAGGGAUGGCUGGCUGCUCAAAUCCCACGGCAGCGUGAAGUGUCAGGGCUGCGGACUGGGGUGCUCCACGAUGGCGUCCUGCCAGAGGUGCGACAUGAUUCUCUGCUCCGCCUGCCAUGACGUCGAGCCGUCGCCCUGCUGCGGCCUGCAGGAGUACCACCCGAAAUCCCCGCGCCCGCUAGACGGCUACAUGCCCGUGAAGGAAAAGCUGUCCGUCUACUCCAACGCCCAGUCGUACCCGCACCUCCACCCGCACCCCCUCACCCUGACCCACUCUCAUUCUCAUCCCCACCCUCACCCCCAGAUGUUGGAGAAACCCCUCAUGCCCACCAAGCUGUUUCCCAGCAAGUCGGUGGCGAUGACGACGCCGAAGGCCGGCAGCACGGAGCGCGUAAGCAUGGGGGGGGGUUCACGGUGCGGGUUCUGCAACAAGCCCGGCGCGUCGCACACCUGCGUCAACUGCUCCAAGGUGUCGUGUGACUCGUGCAUGGGCUUAUAUGCAAAGGACGUGUGCACACGGAAGAAUCCUCAGCACAACUUCGUGCCCAACCAUCAGCUCAACUUUAAAUCUGGCACCAUAUCACACUUGGUGUACCGGUGAAGCAGACAGAGCGAUCCCCGUCCAGCCACUUCCCCAGCAUUUAACGUAGUUUUGCACUAUUGCUUCAGCCUCGCUUGAGUAGCUCAUUGUUUGGUUGUUUUUUUGUUUUUUUUUUUAAUCUGCUGGUUUCUCUCCCCCCCCCCCCCCGACUUGUACAUUCUCGCUCCCCUGACCGUAAGGCCCAUGGAAUGCACACGCCACAGAGCCAUAUCAUUGACCCAGCCGUCUGCUAGGCAUGGGCCGGUACGCGUUGUUGAGCUCGAGUAAAAAAAUUAAAGCCGCGUCACGAUACUCAUGCAGACGAAACUCAAAAUGCCAAACACAAUAUGAUCAAAUCAGAAGCGUUAAUUGGUCCCAGCGCUGAUUAGUUAAUGGGACUUUGAUCGUUAUGGUUAUGUUAACGUAAUCUUUUGCAGUUAUUGUCCCGAUUGCUAAAUUAAGUUGUGGUUUUCAAAAUGUCAUUGUUCAGCACAUAUCUGCUUUUUAUCGGGUUACAAAAGUCGUCAGCCAGGGCAGCCAGCAUACCGUCCGCUGCUUUAAUGCUAUGUCAUUUUUAAAGCGACAUUACCUCGAUAUUUUAUCGUACUCUAAUCUCCUUAAAAGGACUUUAAACUGCAGAAACAGAAUGAUGGUGUUUAUUUUAAUUUAUUUUAUGCAGUUUUGAAACCUUCGCUAUACCUCAAGCCCUGCGACCGGCCCAUGCCUACCCCUCUGCCUUGUAAAGCUGCAAGCCUUUUCUCUAUCUCCUGUAUCGGUUCUGCCAGGUCAUUUUGCUUUUUGAGUCAUCUUGUGUUGUUGUUACGCUUACCGUUGUUCUCAGAUUUCUUAUUCCUAAGGGGGAAAACUGGACAAAUGAGUCGAAUUUCAUCUAAUUCUGAAUGAAAUCUGUCCUGAUGAACAUUAUACACUUUUGCCUAACUUCACAGCUAAGAAUUCUUCUAAUAUAUAAAUAUAUAUAUACAUAAAUAGAUACAGUAUAUUUAUGUAUGAGUGUGUGUGUAUGUAUGUGGAGAAAAGACGUCUGAGCUUGCCUAAUAUUAAAAGGAAAUGUUUUAGAAAACUUGAAAAAUGUUGGGGGGGAAAAAAAAAAAAAGUAAACACACUGGAAGUCAGUAACUUUCCGUCCUCUAGGACAAAGUGAGACUGUUAAACGGACACAAGGUCUGCCGUUUCCUCGAUGUACAUCUUACAUAUGUCGGCAUAGGGUGCAAGAUAUCCUUCAGAUACAAAUGUUCUAUUUAAAAUAUUAUCCCUUGUAAAUUUACCCUGAAAUAUUUUGUGAUUUUUUUUUUUUUUUUUUUUUUUUUUUUUUUAAGGCUAAGUUUUCAACGCUGCUGUGAACUCGAGACGUUAAAGAUGUUUGGCUGAUUUCUGUCAGACAGUAGGUGUCGGUUCCAAACCCUCUCCCUUUCAUUACUUUCCCACAAAACCCCCCCGCAUAGUUCAUGAUGACUCCUCCACAAACGAGUGAUUCUCGGUCGGUUUCAGGCGGGGGUCACAGGAAGUCUAACGCUUGGAAACUAUUGGUUGUUUUAGGGCAGUAUGAAGAUUUACGCUCCUCCAAUGGUUUCUGUCUACCUCAAUUUAUCAUCAGCUUGCACCAAGUUUGACAUUGUGGAUUCAAACUAGCCUCAACAUCUAAAGGGGGUAAAAAAACCUAGAUGAACGGAGCAUUUAAUUAACAAGUUGUCUGUAUUUAGAAAGUUGUGUGUUCAGCUCAUUAAACCAUCCAAAGUUACUAUAAACUGAAUCCGUUUUAGCUGUUUUAGUAAAAGGAGAAUUUCUUUCCCCCCCCCAUCUGAAAGAUUUCAAGAUAUAAAAGCUGUAACCUCUAAUGUGUAGAUUAACCUGGCUACAAACUUGAUUCCUUUUAAACUUAUUUAGCAAAACAUGUUUUAAUUUAUAUUAACUUAACUAGGUUUCCUCUGUUUUUUUUUUUGUAUCUUUAGUUGAAUUGGCAAAAGAUAGAAGACGUAUUUUUCUGCUGCAUUUCACAGAGCACUGAGACGGGCUCAGACUCAUUUAGACUUGCUUUUUUUUUUAAAAGACAAAUUUAAUCUUCAACAGCUUUGAAAAUAAAGUAUUUGUUUUACUACACUACUUUAUAAAGAUGCACCCAUCAUUCGGCCAGAGUUCAAAACUGGAACAAUUUAGUCGGCUUUGACGGACGAUCAGGCGUCAGCAGAUGGCAUGUAGCUUGAUGCACUUAUUAAAAAAUCAGAUAAAGGGUUAACGAUUGAUAUUUUGAUGCGUCUAUGGGGAUAUUGUAAUCUUUUUAGAUUUUCUGUUGUAUGCAAAACUACUGCUACUGUCAAACAACCUUUGGCACAUUUUGUUUUCUUGUUUAUAUGUUGGUGCAGAAACGUAAACCGGAAUGGGUCGGAAUCGGUAGAUGAGAUUUCAAAGGACAAAGGAUAUCGGUGUUGGCCUGGAAAAGCCUGAUCGGUGCAUCUUUAUAACUUUCCUUGUACUGAAAUUUUUUUUUUUACCUUUGUGCACAGCAUGGGUUAUUGCAAGUUUACAUUAAUUUGACUUCUUGAAGUCUUUCAGCUUGCUGUAAAACACUGAGAUCGCCCCUCUGAGAUCUGUUGUUUCAUAGCUUGGUGAUGGAGGUAUACUGCUUAGGUUCAGCCCAUACUUCAGUGGGUACUUCUAGUGUUUACUCUAGUUCUCCAUAUGAAAAGUCUAUAGUUACCAAGGGCUAAUAUUCAGUCUCUUCUCAUCAAAAAAUAGUCUGAUUCGUUGUUGAGAAGACUUCUUGGCUGCUUGAGUCUUUUUGUGCUGUCAGGAUUAACCUCUGAAUGCCUUAAGACUGUAUAGCUCUCUUUAUCAGUAAAUAUUUUCACUUAUUUUUUAAUGUUACCAAAUACUAUGUUUUACCAAUCUUAUUGUAUAAUCUCCAGGCUCCAAAUGUAAAAUUAAUUUCUGCAAUUGGAAAAAAAAAAGAUGAAUUAAAGUACAGAAGGUUAUAGAUAUCUUUAAAAAAAAA